AUGUUCAGUCCACCAGCCAGCGCACCCAGCUUGGCGCCCGCCAGCUGGCCCGACCGGAACGGCUUCGGUGGCGCCACUCUGGGCCAUGAGGUUGGCCAGGGCGCGCCGUGCAUGCGAUGCGGCUCCGCCUGUCCCGGAUUCGACCUGCACUACUGGAGGUAUGCCAACACUGCAGCUGCGGCCCGGCCGAACACGGCGUGUUCGAGGACGACAGCGCGGGCUCGGCGCAAGUCCGACGACUACUGCUCUGGACUGCGCCGUCCCCUGCGCGAGACGGCGGAGCUGGAGUGGGUGCCGCCCGGCGCACCGCCAGACCUGGUGUGCAGGUACCUUUCUCAGAUCCCGGCCGAGCGGGUGCCGAUCCGCGGCACCAGCGGCGCCGUACUGCGCCAGCGGAGCCUGCAGACACAGCUGCCGCCGCAGGACCUGGACGACAGUCGCUGGCAGGUCACCAUCACCGGCGACCAGGCGUUCCGCGGCCUGCAGGGCCUGGCCGCCACCUCGUGUCGCGCCGCCAUGCGUCCCGGCGAUGUGGCCGUGUUCGCCGAGCGCGCCGGUGCCAACAAAUGCUGGCACCCGCAGUGCUUCGUCUGCGCCACAUGCCAGGAGCUGCUGGUGGACCUGAUCUACUUUUACGAGUCGGGCCGGGUGUUCUGCGGCCGUCACUACGCCGAGCGACUGCAGCUGGGCCGCUGCCCGGCCUGCGACGAGCUCAUCUUCUCGCACCAGUUCACGGAGGCGGCCGGCCACAGCUGGCACACGCGCCACUUCUGCUGCGGCGCCUGCGGCCAGCCGCUGGGCGGCCGGCAGUACGUGCUGCGCGAAGACGCGCCGCUCUGCCUGCCCUGCUACCAGCAGCGCCACGGCAAGACGUGUGUGACCUGCUCCCGACCGAUCGCGCCCGACGGCCAGCGGGUCAGCCUGGGAGACUACAUGUUCUGGCACGCCACGGCCGAGUGCUUCCACUGCUUCACCUGCCGCGCUGGCCUCGUCGACUCCAACUUCAUCUGCGUCAACAGCAAGGUGUUCUGCAGCUCUGCUUGCGCCAGUGCCUUUUGAACGGCUCCCAGGAAUCACCUGCUCGGGAGGCUCCCAGGAGUCACUUGCGCGGAGCGAUCCCAGUGGCGGCCGUCGCGCGCUCCAUAGGGGCCCCGGUGGCGGUGUCACUUGCUCUGAGCGGUGGUGAGGGUCGUGCUCUUUGGGUAAUCCGCGUGCGUGCGUCAUAAUGUUCUGGGCGGUCAAAGCUGGUAGCCAGUGUCUGACCUUCUGGAGGUGGAACAGGUACACGGCUGAGCGAUCCAGCGCGGACGAGAGAGGCUCAGGUGCCUACAAGGCUGGCAUCCUCCCGCCUCUCAACUGAACACAGUGAAUGCAUGUGUACUGUGAGCUGA